AUGGCGGACGCUGCGCUGCAGCUCGCAGCCGUGCUGCUGCUCGCAGGAGCCAGAGUCGGGGCCGCUCAAGCUUCGCUGAACCUGCGCUUGCUGCCUGCCCCUGGAACUGCAGCGAACCCUGCGCGCGUGUCAGACGGCGAGAAGAUCAGGAUCGAGGUCGUGGAUUUCUCGGGGGCCCCCAUGGCCACGGAGGUCCGCUUCACGGACAACCCGUCCUCGGAGCCCGCACCUGAGAAGAGCGCCUGGAAGAAGAUGUCGUCCCCCGCGGAGCUCAUCGUGCGCGGCGUCGGGGCGCACCGCAUCAGCGCCGAGGCCGGCACGAGCAGCGGCGAGCCCGCCACGGCGAACGCUUUCUACCGCGUGCUGUCCUCGGGGGAUGCCAGGACGCAGGCCGCGCUGCCGCUGUCCAACUGCUACGUCGGCGUGCAGCCGUACACGGCGCAGGAGCUCGUGGCCGCGGUCCCGGAGGUAGAGCGGCCGUUCGCGCAGGGCCAGGACGGGGAGUAUACUGGCGUCGAGGGCAUCACUGACUCGAGGGGGGAGUAUUCGUACCACACCGAGGGGCUGGGGUGGCUGGUCGUGCAGCCCUCGCCGUCCUCAGGCCCUCCCGCGCCCGCGGUGGGCGUCGUGGAGCCCCUCGACCCGAGAUCAGGCAAGGUUGUGACGCAGCAGGCCCAGUGCGCCGAGGCGGACCUGAACGCACCGCUCCGCAUGACCGUCAUGGCCCCGCACGGGUUUGGCCUGACGUCGCCGUCGACGACGGUGCUGUCGUGGCUCAUCCGCGCGGGCAUGCCGCGAUCCGCGGCGAUAUCCUGCGUCCGUGAGGGCCUCGGGCUGGGGUCCACGUGGCCAGCGAGGACGGAACCAUCACGUGCAUCUACAGCGCGGGAGGUGGCGCUCUACACGUACGCGGCGGCCACGGCGGCGGCGACGAGCGGCGCGGGCGGGGCGCAGGACGGCGACCGCGCCGCACAGGCAGCGAUGCGCACCAUCGCGGAGGGCCUGGCGAGCAGCGGGCGGUGCGCUGGCGGGUCGAGAGCUCGCGAGUUGGUGGAGGAUCAUCCCGCGGUGGGCGGUGUCGGCGGCGGAGCGGGCGGGGAAUCGCAAGGGCAGGCGGGCAGGGUGCUCCGAAGCGACUCCGACGGCGCCACGCCGCGCCGACGGGACGGCGAUGGUUGGUUGGGGGGCUGGCGGGGUUUCUCUCGCUGGCUCCAGCAAGGUCCCGUCGAGCAGGGUUUCUUCGAUCUCACGGACGCCAGCGUCGCACGGAGCGUCGUGGACAGCGCGUUCGCGGGCGCGGGCGGCGCGGCGGGGCAGCUGCAAGGCAGCUCCAGUGCGCAGCGCAUCGCCCAAGCGGCGGCGUCCCUCGCCGCAGCGGCGGACCAGCACAUCAGCUCAGCACAGUCGAGCGCAGCAACGGCGCUGGCGGCGACGGACGUGUGGACUGUCGCACAGGGCGGCAUUGUCGGGCCUGCGGAGGCGCUGGGGCGCGGCGCCGUGACGACGCGGGAGUUCGAGGAAGCGUACCUGCAAGAAUCGCGCGCCCACGGCAUCGCUGUUCCGGUGCCGCAGGGCUGGGAGCCGCUCCCGGGUGACAAGCCUCUUCCGUGGCAGGAGGCGACUGCUCCGCCGACGCCGGCGCCGCAGCCCACGGAGGCACCGCAGGCCACCGCGGCUCCGGUGGUCGUGCAAGACGACGGCUCGGUGGAGCUGCGCAUCGGCGUCGGGGUGAGUGCUGGCUUCGUAGGUCUCGUGUUUGCGCUCGUCGUAGGGUGGUUUGUGUUCCGCCACUACCGCUCCAAACGCAUUGUGCGGGAGCGCGCCAGGAACGGCUUCGACGGGCUGGCGGCGCUCGGCGUCGGGUCCAAGAAGUUCCGCGUCCUGUUCUCCAGCAAGGGGCGCGCCAACGGUAGCGAGGGGCGCGGCCGGCAGAACGACUACCUGUACUCGAGCGUCGACGAGGCCGUCCAGGCGUUGAACAAGCUCCCGCCCAGUCACCAGUUGCGCGAGGAGUCUGUCACGGGCUGGGACAACCUCGUGGCUGGUUCCGACGGACAGGCGCAGGGCACACCCUCGGGUCCGUCGGGAGCGGGGCACCGGAGUCGCAAGGCGACGUUGCGGACGGUUCCGAUGUGA